UGGCCGCGGCCCGGACAGCGGCCGUUGGCGAGCGGUGGCCUAGGCCAGGUGAGGUCAGGUACCUGGCCAGGUGGCGGCCACCAUGACCAAGGACUCGCCUAGCCCUUCGGGCGGCAGCCGGGUGACAUCCAAGAAACCGGGUGGUUCGGUGCCGUCAGCGGCUGUGCUGGAGGAACAGAGGCGGGAGCUGCUGAAGCUGCGAGCCGAGCUGGAGGCCGAGCGGGCGCGCGGGCGGGCAGAGAGGCGGCGCUUCUCAGACCAGGCGCGCCAGCUGCGGGAGGCGGCCGAGCAGGAACGGCAGCAGUUGGUUGACCAUCUGCGCUCCAAGUGGGAGGCACAGCGCGGCCGGGACAUGCGGCAGCUGCAGGAGGAGAUGCUGCGAGAGCGCGAGGCUGAGAUCCGGCAGCUGCUGCGCUGGAAGGAGGCCGAGCUGCGGCAGCUGCAGCAGCUGCUGCACCGCGAGCGCGACGGCGUCGUGCGCCAGGCCCGGGAGCUGCAGCGCCAGCUGGCCGAGGAGUUGGUGAGCCGCGGCCACUGCGGCCGCGCGGGGGCGCCCGAAGUCGCCGCGGCGCAGUGCCACUGUCGCUUGCAGGAGGUGCUGGCCCAACUCCGCUGGGAGACGGACGGCGAGCAGGCCUCGCGCAUCCGCCACCUGCAGGCGGCGCGGGACGUGGAGCGCCAGCUUUUCCUCAAGUAUAUUCUGGAGCACUUCCGCUGGUCCACGGCUGUGCCCGGUUCCCCGGGAUCUCCGGCAGUGCAUUCUGAAGAGCCGCCCUCCGAGACGGCCGGAGACUCCUGUGGCCUCCCAAAGUCCGCCCGUCAACUGGAAUCCCUCGGCAGCCGGAGCGGUGGCGUCAGGAUGCGCUCCCGCUCCCUAGACGUGGUCCCGGCGGCGUGCUCCAAUGCCCCUGCCAGCCUGCUCCCCACGCGCGCCGGCUCCCUCGACUCCUUGGCACCAGCGCGUUCCUGCUCGCUCGGCAGUACUCUGAGUCGUUCCAAGACCCCUGAAUUCAAGGAGCCGGCCUCCUCCUCGCCAGACGCCUCCAUCCUGGGCUCUCCGAGCCCCCCGCCGCCGCCAUCACCAACUUCAUCUGAGCGCAGGAGACCUAGCGACCCGCGAGCAGACUCCAGCAGCCAGUCCUGGGAGACCCUGAUCCGCCCGCCCUCGGGCCUGGACUACCACGAGCUAGCUAGGCAGAACUCGGCACUGUCCGAGGUGUUGCAGGUGCUGGUGCGCCGCUACACCGGCCUGCAGAAAGAGAACAUGCAGCUGCGGCGCGCAGGCUUCCCGGAAGAGACAGAGGAGAAGGUGAAGCGGCUCAAAGGGAAGCAAGCGGAGCUGACCGGCCUGGCACGGCGCCUAGAAGACCGGGCACGCAGGCUCCAAGAAACCAACCUGCGAGCUAUGAGCGCGCCUGUGCUUGGUGAGAGCCGCGCUAACCUGGAGCUGUGCCAGAUCUUCGCACGCCAGCGUGCCCGAGACUUGUCAGAGCAGGCCAGUGCGCUGCUGGCCAAGGACAAGCAAAUAGAGGAGCUUCGGCAGGAGUGCCACCUGCUGCAGGUGCGCAUGGCUUCGGGCCUCGACAGCCCGCACCCUGGGGGUGCUUCCACCCCUGUCCAGUGGCUCAAAGUCAACGACUUGGAGCGGCUGCAGCGCGAGUCCCAGUGGGAGGUGCUGCGCCUGCAGAAGCAGUUAACGCUGCAGCAGGGUACAGGAAGCGCCCAGGCUGAGGCGGGCAGCCAGAGAGCACUCUGUGUGAAGACUCGGCGCCAGGUGCAGGCACUGGAGCUAGAGUUGGCCGCUCGGCGGCGUGAGUGCGAGGAGCAGGGCGCCAAGGCAAUGGCUGCACGAAGGCGCUGUGAGGAGGCUGAAGUUCAGCUGCAGGCAGCCCUACAGGAGGGCGCCUGGCAGGCCAAGGAGAACGCCCGGCUGCAGGCCCAGGUCGACUGGAUGCGCAAAGUAGCAGCUGAAAACAACGACCUGCGUGGGCAGCUGGACCGCACGUGCCAGGAGCGCGACUCAGCAGGCUUGCUGACUGAGCAACUGCUGCAGCAGGCAGCGCUUAGGCAGGAUAGGCAACAACAGCUGCAGAACGACCUGCAGAAAGCCCUGAGUGAUCUACAAGCUGCUCAGGAGGAGAUGCGGACCCUGCAGCAGAGGCCCUGUCACCCUGCCAGUGACUCCAGGGAGGUUGCCCUCAAGUCCCCCAGCCCAAGCUUGGGGACCCAAAUGACCAAGUUUUUGCCAGGGCCUGAAGACCAAGCACCAUCACAGCCCAGCAGAGACAAACAAGAGAAAGGGCUAACCUCCCUGCCAGAGCACCCACUUGCUCUUGUAGACUUAGCCAGUGGUCCCCAAAUGCCAGACAAAGUGCCAGUUAGCCAACCUCUGGACUGCAGGUCCCAGAGUAAAAAAACCGACUCCCAGUCAAACUCCUCUUCCGAGGUGGAGUCCAUGUGGGCCACAGUUCCAUCAUGCCCUACUCUGGACAUGGACACAGCUAGUGAGGUGGAUGAUUUAGAACCUGACAGUGUAUCCUCAGCCCUGGAAGUGGGGGGCUCAGAGGCCCCUGCCACCCCAAUAAUUAAGAUCUUCCUGGCUCGAUAUAGCUAUAACCCAUUUGAGGGACCCAACAAGCACCCUGAGAAUGAGUUGCCUCUCAUGGCUGGAGAUUAUGUAUAUAUUUUUGGGGACAUGGAUGAGGAUGGCUUCUAUGAAGGGGAGCUUGAGGAUGGCCGGCGGGGGCUGGUGCCCUCCAACCUGGUGGAACAGAUUCCUGAGAGUGAUGUCCUGGGCUGCCUGCCCCCCAAAGCCCCUGAUCUUGGCCUCACUCAUAUCCUAGUUGGGCAGGGUAUAACAUCAAAAGAAGAUACUGGUCAUAGCUUAUUACCUGGGAAAGCCCAGGGGACUGUGGACAGGGGACUGUGCCAGAUGGUGAGGGCAGGUUCCAAGACAGAAGUGACAAUAGAAAACUCAGAUGCCAAGUUAGAAGCUGGCCGGCUGGGCUUGGUGCAGAGUAUGGAGGAGCAGGCCUUUUCCAGAACACUUUUGGGGGCCCAAGGGGUCUUUUGUGUGGUCCCCAAGCAACUACACCUACAAAGUGUUGCUAGCACAUCAGCUGAGAUCACCUGGGUGUAUGGCAGCAGCAGCUACCCCCAUGUGGUAUUCCUCAAUGAUCAGGAGCAUGCCCUGGUCCCAGCAGGAGUGAAUUGCUACACCUUCCUCUGCCUGCGUCCUGACACACAGUACCAGGUGCGAGUGGAGGUGCGGCUGCCAUGGGACUUGCUGCAUGUGCACUGGGAAAUGGUGUCCUCCACCAUCACCUUUACCACACCCAUGGCAGGACCCCCUGACCCUCCGCUGGAUGUUCUAGUGGAGCGCCAUGCCUCAACAGGCCUCUUGGUGGUCAGCUGGCUCCCUGUGACCAUUGAUUCAGCUGGGUCCUCCAAUGGAGUCCAGGUCACUGGUUAUGCUGUGUAUGCCGAUGGGCUCAAGGUUGCAGAGGUCUCUGAUGCCACUGCCGGGAGCACCAUGUUGGAAUUUUCCCAGCUCCAGAGGCCACUAAUGUGCCAAAAGGUCUCAGUGAGAACCAUGUCACUUUGUGGCGAGUCCCUGGAUUCAGUGCCAGCUCAGAUCCCUCAGGACUGUGCAACCUGUCACCAAUUGCCAGACGCCUCUUCCUUUAGUUACACCUGUGGUGAUACAUCCACCUACAGAGUCACCUUCCCUGUCUGCCCUCAGAGACUAGUAAUGGCUCCCCUGAGUGCCAAGGCUAGCCUACAUACCCCUAGAAGCUGUGGGGAGCCCCAAACUGAGUUUCCAGAAGCACUCCCUGAAGAACUCCCAGGGAGGUGGUCCCUGGUGCCCAAUUUGAGUUCAGAAAAAGACUGUCUUGGUGUAGAGUUUGGCAGUCAAGUCCAGGGGCCCACAGAGGCCUGGGAGAUCUGCAGAAAGGACCUGCUUUAUCGAAAGAGCCUCCAAAGUCAUAGGCCACCACAACCCAGUGGCCAGUCUGGUGGGGAAGACGACCACUACUGGUACAUGGACGCAAGCAAAAGUCAUGCUCUGGGAAUGAUCCAUCCAUCCCCUGAUGGUGGGCCCAGGAAAGAACCAUGUCAGGAAAAACCUGGCCUUGAGAAGAACCUUAGGCAAAAGCAAAAUGCUCCAGUGUUCCCUUCAUCCCAGCUGGGUAUCAGCCAACACUACGAAUCUGACUUUAAUGACAUUUUACAAGAGGAGACAGUACACUUCAGUCCCUGGUGCACAGAAAGUCAAGAGCAGAGAAAGGAACUUAGAAUCCAGACUCCAGGGUUCAGGAGAGAGGGCCAGCUCUGUAAGCCCAGUUUGACACUGUGUCCAGCUUCCUCCAGCAAAGUCAUUAAGAUGUGCAGGGGUGUCCCCUCACUAGAGACAGAGGCAGAGAGACUGACUACAGUCUUUAUAGCACUCUUUGAUUAUGACCCCCUGGUGAUGUCUGCUAAUGAUGAGGCUGCAGAGCAUGAGCUGACCUUUCAGAAAGGGCAGUUGCUGAGAGUGUGGGGUUCUCAAGAUGCCCGAGGCUUCUACCAUGGUGAAUGUAAUGGGCAAGUGGGCAGCAUCCCUGGGCACCUGGUGACCAAGUUGGAGGCAGACAUGGGGCAGACUGAUGGGACAUGGCACUUACCAGCACAAGGACUCCUGCCCUCUGUGGCCCACAUCGAUGACUUUGCAGGGCUCACCAGUCCCCAUGACUCCUUCCCCAUGUCCCAAGGGAACUGCAGGAGGACCCCACUGUGGAUGCCAAAGACCAUGAUUGCAGCCUUGGACUAUGACCCUAAGGAUGGGCAAACAGGGGGCCAGGGAAUAUGCAAGUUGUCACUGAAGAUGGGGGAUGUGGUCACAGUCUAUGGGCCUAUGGAUGACAAGGGAUUCUAUUAUGGGGAGUCAGAUGGCCACAAAGGCCUGGUCCCAGCCCACCUGUUGGAUCACAUGGCCCUUCAUGGAGAGUGAGCAAGACUCCCCACAGGGGUGGUGUCCUUUGGCCACCCACACCCAGCCAGAGAAGCAAGCAAGUAUUUGAACCUUAUUACUUUAUAACAAUACCCCUCUUUACCUCUGUGAGCACCAUUUGCCCCACACACUGCUGUGCUAAACCAGUGGCAAUGCCCAGGCAUCCCCUAAUCACCAGGAGAAGCAGGGCUCAAGCAUGAACUGAUCUGUUUCCAAAUGAAAUCAGAGCAAGCAGCACCAGAGUCUGAAAGGCCAUUCCAGAGUUAUUGCUAACCCUGACAGGUAUUUGGGGAAGUGCCUUUUUUCUGUGGUCAUAUCUGUUUUCUGCAGAAGUUCAACAUUAUCCAUCCAUUGUCUGUAUGAAAGUCUCAAGAAAAGUCUGACUCUUCAAAAAAAAGUGACCAGAAUGUUAUUUUUCUAUCUUAUGUUGAACCCCUCAUUAAAAUAUUCAUAGAAA